GUUUCGCUCAGUCAAGUUGUGCAUGUCCUGUGUGCGCUUCACCUUAACGACAAAUCGACGAAAUUCAGCCCACAGCCGAAAGUUCAUAUCUGGCCAAAUAAACGCAUGCAUUCACACACGCACACAAACAUAGUUCAAUAAUAAUCAGUGCAUUGGAAGCGUAGUUUAUAACUCUAGCAAUCGACUAAACGUGGCCAAAUAAACAAACUGCAUUAACUACCUGUCCCAGAGGCAAUCGACAGAGGACAGUGGACAUACGACAGACGCCGUAGUGCCGCAACAAACGUCAUAAUAAACACACUGAGAUCCGCUGAGAGAGCGAGCGCAACAGAGCAGCACAUACAUACAUAUAUAGAGAGCGACAGUGAGUGAGUGAGAGUGAAUGAGAGAGAGAGACAGAGAGAGCGCAUCAGUCUGACCAUAUGUGCAUAUGUGUGUGUGUGUGUCUGAGUGCUUUCUGACUGUACUUUGGCGCCCAAAAUUAUCAAACGGUAUAAUAACGAAACCAAUUAACGCAAAACCAAAAACCAAUCAAUGAACUAAACCAAAGAAUUUACAAUUACAGCCCAAAGCUCGUUCAUUCGAUUAGGGCUCCAAUUUUACGUUGCAAAAAGGCCCCAAAAAUCAAAUUAAAUAAAUCCAAACCAACAAUUGCGACAGUGAUGCGUUCGUGUGGGAAUCAGAUCUGCUCUCUCCUUCAUUAGCUGGCAAUAUAAAAAGCUGCAGUGCUCUGUGAAUUCUCGGUGCGAAAACUAAAUACAAACGCUAAGCAACAGUAUUUUUGCUCAACAUUAACAUAAACAAAUACUAAGCAUAAUAUACUAGAAAUUCUAUGCAAAUUCGUAUCUAGCAGUGAUUAUUUGUUGCAUUUUUAAAUCGAAGGAAAACCCCAAAAAAAGAGAAAAGAAAAACAGCAAAAGGAAAGCAGAAAGCCACAAGAGAGACGAGGAUUAAUAGAACGCAGCGAGCUUAAGCCAACAAAACAAAAAAAUAUUAAAGUAAAAAUAUAAACGUAGUACGAUUAGUAAAAGACACCACCAAUUUAAUUUUCAAAGGAAACUAAAAAAAAAAAGGAAAUAAAAAUAAUAAAUUAAACAAAAACCAGAUUAGCCAAAAUUCAAAUAGAUGUCGGUGUGCAUUAUAUUUUGAUCAUAUAUGAACAAUAUACUGUACAUAUAGCAAGUAUAUAUAUCAAAUAUAUAUAUAUUUACAACUUUAGCCAUAAAUCGCAGCUAAAAGACAAACAGUUCAAGGAUAACAAGAGCGAUAAAAGAUCUAGUAACGACCGCCAAUCGGUCAACACUUUGAAGAUAAUUAACAAUAUAAAAGACAGAGCAGAGAGCACAGAGCGCAUCAUAUAAACAAUAUAAUAAAUAUAAAGCAACAACAACAAAAACAAAACAAAUAAUGGAGGACAAUAACACAAGCAGCAGUGCGAGCGGUGCGCCCAUCAAACUGGAGGAUCCAUCGGUGACACUCACAAUAAGGCUGAUUAUGCAAGGAAAGGAAGUUGGUAGUAUUAUUGGUAAAAAGGGUGAAAUUGUCAACAGAUUUCGCGAAGAGUCUGGUGCCAAAAUUAACAUUUCGGAUGGCUCAUGCCCGGAACGCAUUGUAACGGUAUCUGGCACAACAAAUGCAAUCUUCUCGGCAUUUACGCUAAUUACAAAGAAAUUUGAAGAGUUCAAUGAUGUUGGCAAAGUUGGUAAAACUCAAAUACCCAUUCGAUUGAUUGUGCCCGCCAGUCAAUGUGGAUCGUUAAUUGGAAAGAGUGGCUCAAAGAUUAAGGAAAUACGCCAAACCACAGGCUGCUCCAUACAGGUGGCCAGCGAAAUGUUGCCAAACUCCACGGAGCGUGCGGUUACUUUGAGUGGCAGCGCUGAGCAGAUAACCCAAUGCAUCUAUCAGAUAUGUCUUGUCAUGUUGGAGUCCCCGCCACGCGGUGCUACCAUACCGUAUCGACCAAAGCCGCAAGUAACUGGACCCGUUAUCCUGGCCAACGGACAGGCCUUUACCAUACAGGGCAAUUAUGCGGUGCCCACACAAGAGACCUGUCCAGUAUUUCCACUUGCUUUGGCUACCGGUGGUCUACAUGCUGGUAUUUCAGGCUUAGCGGAUCCUUUGUUAAAGGGGGCACAUUUACCAGGAGCGGUACCAGCACACCACCAUCACCUACAGCAAAUGCCCGAUGUUGCCAAGAAUCCUUUGGCCAGUUUGGCUGCCUUGGGCCUGGCCGGCAUGACGCCCGCCAGCACCGGUGGCAUAAAUCACACAGCUCUGGCUGCCUUGGCUGGCUCGCAGCUGCGCACGGCCAAUGCGAAUCGGGCACAGCAGCAGCAGCAUGAGAUGACAGUCUCGAAUGAUUUGAUUGGCUGCAUCAUUGGCAAGGGCGGCACCAAAAUUGCCGAAAUACGUCAGAUCUCCGGCGCAAUGAUACGCAUCUCCAACUGUGAGGAGCGCGAGGGCGGCAAUACCGAUCGCACCAUCACCAUAAGCGGUAAUCCGGAUUCUGUGGCAUUGGCCCAAUACUUAAUCAACAUGAGCGUUGAACUGCAGAAGGCCAAUCUUCAGGAUCAGGCAGCACAGAAUGGCACUGCUGGGCUGGCGGCAGCUGUUGGUGGUGUUGCCGCUGCUGGUGCUGGUGGUGCAGCUACAACAGCAACGACAACAACAACAACAGCAGCGGCGGCGGCAGCAGCAGCAGCAGCCGCAGCAGCAGCAGCAGUCGUUGCUGGCGGUGUCAAUGGCAACAGUUGCUUGUCGCUCAAUAGCAACAACAGCAACAACAACAGCAGCAACAGCAGCAGCAAUGUGAACGUCAACGGCAGCAACAGCGCCAGCAGCAACAAUAGCAACAGCUCGGCCAGCAGCAAUGGCAGCAGCAGCGCCGCCAAUUAUGUCACAAAUGGCACACAGAACAGCACCAACAACAACAACAACAAUAUCAGCAGCAACAACAACAACGGCAACAGCAACGCCGUAACUUUGGGCAUAAAUACAACAACAGCAGCUGCUGCUGCUGCUUUGGGCGGCAGUCCAUUAGCCUCCGCCUUGCAGCUGCUGACCAAACCGGGCGCACUCACCGCCCUAUCCAACCUAAGCGCCUUGGAUCUGCUCAGCCUGACCUCGCUGGGCAGCAAUGGCAAUAGCACGCCCGGCGGUCCGCCGGUCCAGACCACGGGCGUGAACCGUGCCAAGGGUCACUAUGCGACCUCGCGCUUCCGGCAGCAUCAGGCCGAGGCAGGCGUCGAGUCGGAAAAGGCGCGCAACAAGUUCAAUCCCUACUAGGGGUAGGCCAAAUAGUCGCGCAGCCCAAAAAGUAGACAAAGAAAAAAAAAAAAAAAGAAAAACAAAAACAAAAAUAAGUAAUGCGUAAUAAUUUUCUAAUUUAGUGCGAGUUUUGGUAGUAGCUUCUUCUAGUUCUUAAUACGUUUAUUAUAGCGUUGCGACAGCUUUAGAGUUUACAAAUUCUCGAAGAAUUUUACUCUAGUAAUACAGAUUUCAAACUAAUGUAUAAAAAAAAAAAGAAGAUUGUAAAACUAUUUGCAAUUUGAAGACAAUUUUGAUAUAAGUUAGUUGAAAGCCCAAUUGCAACAUUAUCCAAAUUAGUUUGUAGUUCAGGCAAUAUAUAAAUUGUCAUAUACAUAUAUAUAUUUAUCAAUGUUUUUUGAAAACAAAUAUUACGCAAAAUAUAUAUUAUAUAUACACCAUAUUGGAUUGGAUCAAGCUCUUGAACAAAUUUGUGUAUCGAAUAUAGUCAAGGAAAUGAAACAAGCAACAAAUCAUGAAACUAGCCCCAAGUAUUGUAAUCAAAACUUUGACCAAGUGAAAUGCGUAAUGCAGCGUGAGGACCCUUUCUUCUAUUAGAUGUUAUAUAGUUCUUUUGGCGCCCUAUUCCCUUUUUAUAUGUAGUAGCUACAUCGGACAUACGAACAUACAUAAUAGAAUUUGCCAAAUUAGACAUCGGGGACAGAGCAGCCGAGUGAAAAUCGCUGACUAUCGAAUAUCGAUAACACAGGUUUAGCAUUAUACAAGCAUAUAUAUAUAUUAUCCUUCGACCCUUUAAUUAACAUUCACUGUAACAUAUAUCAAAUCUAUGUCAUCUAAUCCCCAUAAACCUUUAUACAUACAUUCUCCAAUAUAUCUCUACGAUUAACUAUUAUUAUUAUUCAUAUUUUCUCUAAUUAUUCAAUUAGUAACUAAGCUCUAAAUGUAUUUUACGCUCUAGCUCUUAAGUAUAAAGCUCCCCAUCCUCAGCCAUGUGUCGAGAGAAACAGAGAAAACUUCUUUAAGAAGUUGUACGAAAAUUUAAAUUAGAAAAAAAAAAAUUGUAUGUGAAAAAUGGAAAUUAAGAACUAAUUUAAAAAUUAAAUUUAAAAAAAAAAUUCCAAUGCAUUGUGCUCAAAAGAAUUUGGCACGACGACUUUUAUGGACCAAUUCGCUCUAAUUGACGCAAUCCACGCAAACGAGCGUACAAAAGCUUAAAAAUACUAAAAAGAAAAAAAAACUUUUUGAAUAGAAAUCACACUUAAAAAAUAAUCUAGAAGCCAACUGUAGGCAGCGAGGAAAGUAUAUGAACUCGUAAAUGUUAAGCGUGAACUUUGUAGAAAGGGAAAGAGAGAGAGAGAGAGAAAA